CUUUUUCGUCCAUUCCACUUUCCAUGUUUUCAAUCAACCACCCAUGCCAGCCCGCUAUUUUUCCCUUCAGAGCUUUCCUUGGCGUCGCCGUCAGAUCUUUUGUACCAUGUUCCUCUUCUGCCUCAUUUCUUUUCCCUUUCCUUUCUUUUAAUCUACUGUUUUUUUGAAUAUCAAAACCCUCUAUUUAUGUCCAAAUCCACAUAGAUUUCCUGGAAAACUCCCGCUCGUGUUGCGCAUUCACAACAGCCCGCCAAGAUGGCCAAGGAUACAGCACCCGGUGAUGUCAUCUCCCCGUCCGCCGGUAGCUCAGACGGUCACAUCGUCCGCCACCGCACCCGUAGCAUCGGACAUCUCUCCACCAACAACGGCCCCGACGGGGCACGCUCGCUCUCCAACGACUCCCAGGACGGCGCCGACAGCGACGAUGCCCAGCUCCAGGCCGAGUUCGGGUACAAGCCCGUCUUCAAGCGCGAGUUUGGCUACCUCUCCACCUUUUCCUUCGCCGUGAGCAUCUCGGGCCUCUUCGCGACCACAAUGACUACCUACUCCUACCCGCUGGCUGCUGGCGGCGCUGCGGCGGCGGUGUGGUGUUGGUUGAUCGCGGGGUCCGGGUGCAUGUGUCUCGCCUUCUCUGUCGCGGAGCUGGUCUCGGCGUACCCUACGUCUGGCGGACUGUACUACACGGUGUCGCGCCUGGCGCCGAAGAAGUACGUGCCGGUCAUAUCGUGGAUCACGGGCUGGAUCAAUCUGCUCGGUCAGAUUGCUGGUGUGGCCAGUUCAGAGUACGGUGCCGCGCAGAUGCUGCUCGCGGCCGUGGCUAUGGGCACGGAUUUCAAGUAUGAGAUUACGGAGAAUACGACGGUUGGCGUUAUGGCUGCAUUGACCGUUCUCACGGGUCUGGUCAAUUCGCUUUCCACGUACUGGAUUGAGAAGAUGACCAAGGGUUAUGUUAUCUUUCACAUUGCUGUGCUGGUGUCUUGCUGUAUUGCUCUGCUCGUCAAGACGGAGAACAAGAACACGGCGAGCUUUGUCUUCACAGAGAUCGAGUCGAGCUCUGGAUGGCAGCCAAAGGGGUUCUCAUUUUUGUUCGGCUUCCUCUCUGUCGCCUGGACCAUGACCGAUUACGACGCCACGGCGCAUAUCACUGAGGAGAUCUCGAACCCCGCCAAGAAAGCGCCCUGGGCCAUCUCCGCCGCCAUGACAUUCACCUACAUCGGCGGCUUCCUCUUCAACAUCGUUCUCGGCUACUGCAUGGGCCCCUCCUCGGCCGACAUCCUCAGCGCCUACCAGCCCGUCGCCAUGAUCUUCUACAACUCCCUCGGCAAGGCCGGCGGCAUCUUCUACACCGUCUGCGGCUUCAUCAUUAUCAAGUUCGUGUGCUUCACGGCCCUCCAAGCCACAGCUCGCACCUUCUUCGCCUUCUCCCGCGACCGUCUCAUCCCCUUCUCCCCCGUCUGGACAAAGGUCAGCUCCAUCUCCGGCACGCCGCUCACCUCCGUCUGGCUCAGCGUCGUCCUCUGCAUCCUGAUCAACCUCAUCGGACUCGGCUCCUACACCGCCAUCUCGGGCGUCUUCAACGUCUGCGCCAUCUCCCUCGAUAUCUCCUACUGCAUCCCCAUCGCCUGCAAGCUGAUCUUCGGACAAUUCAAGCCAGGCCCCUGGCACAUGGGACGGUACUCAAGGUACAUCAAUAUCUGGGCGUGUAUCUGGACCGCGUUCGUGAGCGUCAUCUUCGUGCUGCCGACCGCGUACCCUGUUGCGGCUGAUACGAUGAACUACGCGUGCGUCUUCUUGGUUGCGAUCUUCUUCUUCGCGUACUUGUACUGGAUUAUGAGGGGCAAGCAGUUCUAUACUGGUCCGAUUGUGGAGGGCUAUGAGGCGCCGCAGGUGGCGGGGGAGGGGGAGGAGCGGGAGAGUGGGUUAAGUGGGGAGUUAGCGGGGGAGAAGGUGGGGGAGAAGGUGGCCUAG